AUGCGCUGGGUGCGCGCCUAUAGCAUUGGUCUCAUGGGCCUUCUGGCACUCGCUUCAGCAAGCGACAACGUCGCGCCCGGUCAAGCCCCGCGCUGGCUACGAUCGGCGAGCAGUAGUACUGGCUCUGGUUCUCGCAUUGUAGCGUCACAACAGCCACUAUUGACGCCUGCGCCGACCGAGGCAACGGUCGCUCCAACGGUAGCGCCAAAGACAUCGGUGCCACCUUUAUCAACAGCGACUCCGACGGCAUCGCCAACGUCAUCGCCGACGGCAUCACCGACUGACCGGCCGACAGACGAGCCUACGAGCCCGCUUCCGGCGUCCACUACCACGAGUGCACCUGUGGAUACAACGGCACCGGUGACCAAAAGCCCGACACCGACACCUCUGCCUUCGCCAUUACCCGACACGACGCACCAGCCAGUCACAACGCGGCCUGAACCGUCCUCGGUACCACCAGCGUCGCGCGUUGUUACCACGCUACCACGAACCAGUCUUCCAAAGCCAAUAACGACGGCAGACCAAGCAGUGGAGAGCACUUCAGCGCCUACGGUGGCGGUCGCGGCUGCAAACGCCGCGCCGCUGAGUCAGUACGUUGUCCCCGCAGUGGUUGUCGCAGCUGUCGUCAUAUUUUUGCUGGUGGCAUCUAUCGUGCGUCUUCGCAGCCGUCAAAACGAUGAGCAACACAUUCCGAGUCCGUACUCGACGCGCCCUGCCGGGUCAUUCCAAGGCAUCGCCGUGCCGGCACGUGCCAGUGUUAGCAGCGGCACGUCGUUUCCCCACAGCCGUGCGGCUCGCGGUCGCAACGGCAGCGUCGAUGCCUCGUUUCGAUGGCGAAGCCAAAGCGACGACCAGACGUCGUUUACACGAAGCAGCCUCGCGUCAUCUUUGAACGGCACGCGCCUGCAGUGCCUCGACGAAGAGGUCGCGCAGCGCCGGGCACACUAUGACGCCAAGCGCAUCACGUCCCCGACGAGCUUUAACGAAGUCGUCUUGUAAGAGCAAGCCCAUGAUAACGUUGCAAACAAAUGCGUCUCCUGUAACC